AGACUGGGAAAUAGAGAGAGAGAGAGAGAAGAGAAAAAGAAGAAAAAGUUAUUUGCCCUGACGUCAAAUGUAAACAAGAUGGCGAACCGGAGAGAGUGGAGGAGAGGAGGAGGAGAGAGAGGGGAGAGAGUGGGAGUGCCACACACACUUGAAAUGUGCUCUUGCACUCCAGGAGUUGGAGGCUUGCUGAGAAGCCAGCCCUGACAACGUUUUCAUUUCUUACCGUCAACUUUGCCCCCCCCCCCCUCUUGUGUGUGUGUUUUUUUAAAUACAUUGUUUAAAGAGGAAAAAAAUGCACAAAAAGAAAAGUCAAACAAAAUGCGUGAAUCUCUCCAAGAAACGGAAAAGGAACCGCCUGCAAUGAAACGCAAGAACUUCCUUCAGGUUGUGACAACUUGGAAGAAAAGGAGCCAGACUUGAGUUGAGUUGGUGGCCCUGGGCAGAGGAAAGAACCUUUUUUUUUCCCCACAAAGAAAUAUGAAUUUUGCUCUCUUUAUUUAAACAGUUUUAAAAUGGACAUUUAAACAAAGACGCUGCACUUUGCUAUGGUGGGGUAGAUUACUGGCCAUCCGGUGUGUGUGAGGACAGGUGGGAGACCCCUCUCCUGCAGGGAUAUGGCUGUAAGGUCUCGCAGACCAUGGAUGAGCGUGGUUCUGGGACUGGUGCUGGGUUUCACCGCCGCUUCGUGGCUCAUCGUGCCCAGGGUGGUGGAGAUCAACGGCAAGAACAAAAGGAUCUCCAACAUCUGCCAUUCGUUGCUGAGCAGAGCCGGGAUCGGGAGGGAGGCAGCGGCGGGAGCCAGCAACAGCAAUAGCAGGAGCCUGGGCUGGCACAAGGACACGGUGCUGCUCAGCAAACUGCGGCAGCGGGAGGAGGCAGAGGAGGAGGGGGAGGACGAGGAAGAGGAGGCGGAGGGAGGGCGAGGGGCGAACGACAAGCGGUUCCUCUACGUCGGGGUGAUGACAGCUAAAAAGUACCUGGACUCGCGGGCGGUGGCCGCCUACCGCACCUGGGUGCCGUCCAUCCCGGGCAAGGUGGAGUUCUUCUCCAGCGAGGGCUCCGACCAGUUGCCCCUGCCCGUGCCCAUCCCGCUGGUGUCGCUGGCCGGGGUGGACGACUCGUACCCGCCGCAGAAGAAGUCCUUCAUGAUGCUCAAGUACAUGCACGACCUUUACCUGGAGCGUUACGAGUGGUUCAUGCGCGCCGACGACGACGUUUACAUCAAGGGUGGCCGGCUGGAGGAGCUGCUGCGCUCGCUGAACAGCAGCCAGCCGCUCUACCUGGGGCAGACCGGCCUGGGCACCAGCCAGGAGCUAGGCAAGCUGGCCCUCGAGCCCGGCGAGAACUUCUGCAUGGGCGGUCCCGGCAUGAUCUUCAGCCGGGAGGUGCUGCGCCGUAUGGUGCCCCACCUGGGCGAGUGCCUGCGCCAGAUGUAUACCAGCCAUGAGGAUGUGGAGCUCGGCAGGUGCGUGCGGAGGUUCGGCGGCACCCAGUGCGUCUGGUCGUAUGAGAUGCAGCAGCUGUUCUAUGAAAAUUACGAGCACAACAAAAAGGGAUACAUUCAGGAUUUGCACAACAGCAAGAUUCAUAAUGCUAUAACACUCCAUCCCAACAAAAGGCCCUCCUAUCAGUAUAGACUGCAUAACUAUUUGCUAACCCGUAAAGUUUCAGAACUACGCCAUCGGACCAUCCAGUUGCAUCGAGAAAGCGUUUCUAUGAGCAAGCUCAGCAAUACUGAAGUACGCAAGGAGGAUCAACAACUUGGAAUGAUGCCUUCUUUUAUGCGUUUCCAGCCUCAGGACAGGAACGAGGUCCUCGAAUGGGAAUUUCUGACUGGGAAACACCUUUAUAGCAUGGUAGAAACACAAAUCCCUCGGCAAGGCAUCAACAGCAUGCUGCGUGCAGCGCUGGAUGACACCAUAAUGCAAAUUAUGGAAAUGAUCAACUGGAACUCCAAGACCAGAGGACGUGUAAUUGAAUUUAAAGAGAUUCAGUAUGGCUACCGCAGAGUUAAUCCCAUGCACGGAGCAGAGUACAUCAUGGAUCUGUUGCUACUUUAUAAGAAACACAAAGGAAGAAAGGUGACUGUUCCUGUGAGACGCCAUGCUUACAUUCAACAAUCUUUCAGUAAACCAUUCAUGAAGGAGGCUGAAGAACUUAAUGCCAGAGAGCUCGCAGAAAGUAUAAACAGUGACGCUCAGUCAUUCUCCUUCCUCUCAAACUCGCUGAAGAUCUUUUCACCAUUCCAAUUCACAGAGAGCACCAAAGAGCUUAAGCAACGUAAUGACCAGAAAGUUCAUAUCCUAGUCCCUCUCACUGGAAGGUACGACAUAUUUGUUCGGUUCAUGGAGAACUUUGAGAAAACUUGCCUUAUUCCAAAGCAGAAUGUAAAAUUAUCCAUAUUGUUAUUCAAUUCUGAUUCAGUCCCAGAUGAAGGCAAUCACAUGGAGUUAAUGAGAGAGCUUAACCUGAAGUAUCCUAAAGCAGAUAUGACCAUUCUCCCAAUGAGAGGGGAGUUCUCCAGAGGCUUGGCCCUAGAAAUGGGCUCCUCUUCAUUUCAUAAUGACAGUUUGUUGCUCUUCUGCGACGUUGACUUAAUUUUUACUCCAGACUUUGUGCAAAGGUGUAGGGACAAUACAAUUCAGGGAGAACAAGUUUAUUUUCCUGUAAUCUUUAGUCAGUAUGACCCAAAAAUAGUUUAUGGUGGUAACCCUGUAAAUGAUAACAACUUUGUUUUCACAAAGAAGACCGGUUUCUGGAGGGAUUAUGGCUUUGGAAUUGUUUGCAUAUACAAGAGCGAUCUAUUGCAAGUUGGCGGAUUUGAUACUUCUAUUCAGGGUUGGGGGCUGGAGGAUGUUGAUCUUUUUACUAAGGUGAUCUCUUCUGGCUUGAAUGCCUUUAGGAGCCAAGAAAUUGGGGUUGUUCAUGUUUACCACCCUGUUCACUGUGAUCCUAAUAUAGAUCCUAAGCAAUACAAGAUGUGUCUAGGGUCCAAAGCAAGUACAUUUGGAUCAACAAUGCAGCUGGCUGAACUCUGGCUUGAAAAACAUCUAAAUGGUGGAUACAACAGAACUAUAUCCUGACAUUCAAGCUCCUUAUCUCACUCUUCAAAGGGUUUUACCUCAGAUUUUUACAUUGUUAUGCUUUUGGUUCUCCAGUCACCUCUUCCAAAGAAGAUUUUCAAAGCAUUGAGACAAGGUGAAUAACAUUCAUGAAUAUUUUAAUGUCCUAUGGAAAGUGCUUUGAAAAUGGGUUAUUUUGAUCUUUGCCUAAAACUGGGGAGAUUCAAAACACUUGAGAGUACUGUCAAUCGCAUUCCUCCUGCAGGCUUUGUAAAAGUGCUUCACGUGUCAGAAUCUGAACUCCAAAAUCAAAACUGAUACGUUGGAAAUAACGCCACAAAAGUGCUUUAAGCUUCAAGCAGGAAAGAACUAUUGUAGACUUUUUAAUUUAUGUUCAGACUUUAAAAAUUGUUGACAUUCACCAUCUGCAGUAUUUUUUAAAAAACUAUGUGAACAAAUGUAUGAUUGUAUGUUUGCUUUUAAAAACUUUUAUGUGGGAAUAUAUUCUCACAAGAUUACAGGUACUGGUGACCAAGCUCUAAAUGUCAGAAAUGUAUGUAUUCUGUAUAAUGUGUACAGCGAGUUUAGAUGACUCCUGGUUUCUUCAAAUGGAAACAUGCUGCAAGUAGGCAUGUAUCUUCAUUCCUUUAGCUUUGUGUCUUUAAAUGCCCCUACAGUUUGCCGCUUAGAAAUCAUCUGAGAACAAUCCUAUUUAUAAUAAAGUAUCUGCAUAACAUUAUUUCACUUCCU